GUUCAAACAGCGAAUUAUAAACCGUUUGAUUUAAAUAUUUAAAUUUUAGUGAGUAGUCGAAAUAUUAAUUAGUUAGAAUAACGAACUAGGUAAAAAAAUUUCUGUUUUUUUCAAUGAUAAAAAUAAUUAAUGAUGAAAUCUAUGAAUAGUUAAUAUGUUAAUGACAAAACUGAAAUAAAUACAUAAAAGAGAGUUAAUAAAUAUCUGCCAAAAUUAGUAUGGUAAAUACAAUUAAUAACUAGUUAAAAACCGCAAUAAAACAUUUUAAAACCGGUAAAUUUUAAUUUGUACUUUUUUUAAUAAGAUAGAAGAUAAAUAGAUGUCUUUAAUUUCAACGUGUGUCUUUAUGAUUUCAUAGCUAUUGCAAAACGCAAAGAUAAAGAAAGUGAAAACGGAAAUUGUUAAUCUCUUAUUUGUUAAAAAAAAUGAGAAAUGUUUACUCCUCUUAAAAAGAAAGGAAAUUGCUAGGUUAUACUGAAAAAAUACAGUUCUGUCACCGACUAAAAAGAUCUAAUAAACAUAGGGGCGACUUAACAGUAUAAAGGAUUCUUGGGCGAAAACAAUUUUUAGUUCUCUAUAAUUAAUUAAUUUUAAUUUUAUCAUCAUAAUAUUAUUAAAGUAUAUAAAACUUAUCUAACAUUAUUAAUUUAUUUGUAUUUUGUAAAUAUAAAAAAACAGACUAUUAUGUCUUUUAAAUAUUGUGUAAAUAUGAGAUUGUAAGUGGAAAAAGAAAAGUUAGACCCUUGCUGUCAUAAAAAAGAAAAAAAAAAUCUGGGUCCUUUAUAGUACUAAAUUAGCUUGAUUUUAGGUGGGCCCGUGCGAUUCCACUGUUUGCCCUCCUACCUAAGCAUUGGAGAAACAGUCUGGUCCUUGUGUUAUAAAUAUAAGUAACCCUGUAGGCUAGAGCAAAUCAGCAACAACAAAAAGCUUUUAACUAUCUUUCGCCUACUGAUAUUGCUUCCGUAAGUAGUCAUGAAACACAAACUAUCCCACGAAAUCGAUAACUACCCUGAAUCAGACGAUGCGGGCACACUCAGAGUCACGGCUAAGAUCUUUGGCCAAGAUGAUAACUCGACAUUCACGACUCUGUCCCUUGCCAAAGACUUCUUAGAUGAUGAGAACGAAGAGUGUAAAAGCAAAGAAGACUUGAACUACUUCUUGUUGGAAGCCGGAAUCACCGAAGAUGUUAUCCAUAAUGCGAUAUUGGAGCUAAUUGUUUAUGUUGAUGAGGUAACAUGCCCUGAAAGUAUCGAGUACUCUCCUGGCUGUGCUUUGAAAGUUCAGUUGGAUCUUGUUCCUGAUCAUCUCGAUGAUGAUGAUGAUGACUCUGAGAUUCAAGAAGCUGCUCAAGUCUCGUUUGAUGAUACUAGCAAUAUCCGGUUUCGACCAGCUAGCAAGCUCGUGGUCAAGUCGCUACCCAGGAAAGUAUACAAGAAGAAGAACGAGAACAAGAAGAUGGUUAGCUUGGAAGAGUGCAGGAUUUGUUUGCAAGAGUUUAGCAAUGGAGGAAUGGUUGUGACUUUAUCAUGUGGACAUGAGUUUGACGAUGAGUGUAUCGUAAAGUGGUUUGAGACCAGUCAUGUUUGUCCAUUGUGUCGUCUCGAGUUACCUUGUCAAGAUGAUGAACUAUAGCAUGUCAAGAUUGUUGGGUUGAACUCCGAUUGCUUAUUGUAAUACAUCAUUGUUUAAAUAUCAUUUAAAUCUGAUAUUGUUGUUUUGUUACUUCAGAGUAUGUUUUUAUGUAGUAUCAACAUACCAUCUUUUGUUGUCUCAAACACCUGGCCAACAUCAACAUAGGAACAAUAUAUAAUCAUUAUCAUUUAUACAAAAUAUAAGGUUCCUAGACAACAUCUUUUACAUGCAAAAUGCCUAAAACUCCCCUGAGUACAUGAUACAAGCUCUCAUACAUACUAACACAUUAUACAGGUACACACUCUAUUAUACAUUCAAACUAGUCCUUCUUAAGAUGUAAGUCCAAUCAUCAUCUAUAGAAUAGAUUACAAACUUGAGCCCUCUCUUGAGUUAGUUUGGUUGCUGCAAUCACCAAGGAUACAUAGACAUGUUCAUUUUAGUGGAUCAUAUAUCUAGAUAGUUUCAAUGGAAGGUGUGAAAAACGCAAAACCUGGUUGUAAGAAGUUUGACCCAAACAUUGAAUCUGAAACCCAAUUUUGAUGAUGAUGAUCAGUGGCAAACAUGGGUUGAUCAUGAGGGAUUUGAAAGCAACUACUACUACUAGCUGUUGGAUCAAACAUUGAUGAAGGAUCUUGUUGUUGUUGCAAGUUGUUCAAUUCCAUUUCAGUUUUUCUCUCCUCUUGACCUUCUUCCAUUCCAAGAGUAGUACCAAAUGUGUAGGAUACAAAUAUUCUUCCCCAAUAUAUUUGAAACCCAAACAACCAUCUCCUUGCUGUUCAAACUGCUCAAAUUUUUGUCCAGGUUUGUUGCAUUUCUGAUCUUCUUGUUUUACAGAGUCAAAGAAGCAGUCUGAGUAAACAGUAAACGAACCAUCAAUCUCUCUGUUUUCAGUUCAAGCAUGACUUGAGAAAGCAUUUUUGGAAGUGAAUAGUAACUAUAUACUGUGACUUGAACUCUUACCUAUUAGGAAGAAAGCUGAAAUCACCAUGUAAUAUUGUUUGCUGGUUACUGUUAUCAGGAAGCAAAGUCAUGGAGUGAGCUUCUUGCAUGGCAUUAUUACCUCCCAUCACCAAGGGCAACUGUAUCCUGUUUUGAAACUGCAGUUUUAAAGCUUUGGUUUUGUUCAGAAAUUGUCCUCAUGAAGACAGAGAGUGUGUGAGAAUAUAAAGGUCUCACAUCGAGGAUUUGAGUGGGACAUAAAUAAUAUAUAAAGGACUUGAACCAAUCCACCUACUGCCAAUUGGUUUAGGUUGGAAGCCCAAAAAAGUGAGAGAUGGGGAGAGAGAACAAAUGGUUUUAACCUGUGUGGUUAUACAUUCUAUUGGCAAAAGUUGGUUCUUUCCAUAAUGUUCCUGCAAAGUGAAGAAACCCACUGAUGCUCAUAUGAUUGAGUUGAAAGGAGACUAAAUUUUAUACACCUUGUGAAAUUGUACUUUUUCAAUAGAUUUCCUCAAUGAUUCUUCCAAGAAAGUGAGGUGCUCAGCGUUUUCUAUUUUAUUGAUGUUUGUCCAACAACUGAAAACAGCCACCAUAAGAAGAAGAAGACUCAAAUAUGACUGAAACUAGAUUUCAAGAUAGUUGAAAAACUAAAGAAAGUAUAAUAUUUUCACACCUUAGGCCUUAGACUCCUAUGAAACUCCAUAAGCUGAGCUUGGAAAAUGGCUACGUGGUUACUUCGACCCUGUCGUGGUGGUAAAGGUAACAAAAACUUUAGCAAUCUGACUCAGAGAGCUUUAAAAGUAUCUAACAAAAUUCAAGAAACCAUGAUGGUUGAUACAUACCUUGAUAGUUUGAUUCCUUCAACAUAAAGAGAAGACACCAUAUCAGAGGCUUAUUAACGACAAAAGUAUGGUAUAUGAAGUCAUAGCAAGUACCUUGCUCCUAAAAACUCAUGUAUGUUUACAUCAUGAUCAAGCUUCUUAAAAGUCUUCUUUAAUGCCUGCAGUGGAGAAAAUAGAAAUAAGCUCAGAUAUGAAACAAAAACGUUCAUGUGAAAGGAAGUAAUAGGUUUAUUCUUUACUUCAAGGCUCUCCAGCUUCCUGUUAUGUCAAAAAACCCAACACUUUAUUUUAGUUCAAUAACACAAAUUACAUGAUAGGGUUGAGAGUAAUCAUGGUUCCUACCUAACUCUUUAUGGUUUUUAAUGAAAGUUCGUGUUCAAAAAAAAAAGGGUUGAGAGUAAUCUAUAGUUACAUAAUAAUGCUUAUGUACCAUUUUGUCCUUUCUUAUGGAGUUAUUUGAGCAAACUAAGAAAUAACCUCUUCAAUGCAUUUAUAUCAUUUAUAUUUCAAUUUGUUUUUUUUUUAUGAUUUCACUAGGUGUCUUGCCCGCAUAUGCGGGCUUAAUCGUUUUACAAAUAUUUACUAGUUUAUUUUUUAUUAAUUCAAAA